AACAAACGCCAUGUGGCAUAUCAAUUAACCAACUAUUAAGUCAUUUAUAAUCCAUUGUAUGCUCGACGUGAAUGUGUAUAAAUACAACUCGGCUUUUACAAGUAAGACCUCACAAAGACAAGAGUUCUCGAGACGCGGAAAACAUAUAGAGGGAAAGAAACACAUACCUCAAAAGCGCAAAACACAAACCGAAGAAGAGUAUAUUUUUAUUUUUCUCCUACAAAUUAAACACAGUAUGGUGUCUCAGAAGCUGGAGUUUUGCAUCGAAUUAGUGAAGAUGGCAGUCGUUCUUGUCGCCACCGUGGCUGAAUCAGUAGAAGAAGCUUUCCGUAAGCCUCAUCCGCCGCUUCCGGCAGUUCAUGACGGUCGCCGGAACAGUUACGCCAACGUUCCCAUUCCUCUCGUUGGAUUCAUGUGAUGAGUUUUUUUUUUUUUUUUGGUUUUUGCCUCGUUAAAGUUAGUAGCUCUCGUGCCAUGUGGCGUUUUGGAAGUUGUUGAUUUGUGUAUAAGUUUAACCGGAAGAAUCAUGAAGAGUUACAGAUGAAUAAAAACGUCGACUUUUAUAAAAAAAUUAAGUACUAAUCGGUUUAACUUUCUUUAAGAACCUGUGAAGCUACUAAGCAUAAGUUUGAGUAACCAUGUUCUUUACACGAAUUCAGGUCUCAGUUAAAAAUUUGAAAUAUGUAACAAUGUUCAAAUUCAUAUAAUGAAUAGAUUGGUGAAAUUAA